UCGAGCAGCUGGUGCGCGUUCUCCCCAACCCUCUCAUGUCGAGCACCUGACACCCCACCCCACCCCACCCCACCGCCGGUCUCGUAGCGGCGGCGCCGCCGCCACGGCGAGAUGCUCUCCCGCGCCCGGCGCCUCCACCCCGCUCUCCGCGGCAUCCUCCGCCCAACCCCUCAGCCCGCCCGCCCUCCUCCUCCUCCUUCCUCAUCUCCCGGCCCCGUCUUCUCCCAAACCCCUAAACCCUUCUUCUUCCCUCUCCUCCGCUGCCACCUCUCGUCCACGCCGCCGCCGCUGGAGAAGUCGUUGGCUCCGGUGAAGGUGAAUUCUGACCUCCCUGCGGUCAACGGGAAUGGCCUCUGCCCCGGGUGCGGCAUCGCGAUGCAGUCCGCGGACCCGUCCCUCCCGGGCUUCUUCACCCUCCCGUCCCCGAAGUCCCCCGACUACCGGGCGCGCCUCGCCCCCGUCACCGCCGACGACACGCGCAUCUCGGCCUCCCUGAAGAGCGGAAAGCUCCGGGAGGGCCAGGAGGCGUCACGGGAGGGCGAGGCGGAGGCGGUGGCGGCGGAGAAGGAGGGGAGGAAGGAGGACAAGGUGGUCGUGUGCGCGCGCUGCCACUCGCUGCGACACUACGGCGUCGUCAAGCGCCCCGAGGCCGAGCCGCUCCUCCCGGACUUCGACUUCGUCGCCGCCGUCGGCCCGCGCCUCGCGUCGCCGUCUGGUGCCAGGUCGCUCGUGCUGCUCCUCGCAGACGCGUCGGACUUCGACGGGUCCUUCCCGCGCGCCGUGGCGCGCCUGGUUGCGGCGGCCGGGGAGGCCCACGGCUCCGACUGGAAGCACGGCGCGCCGGCUAACCUUCCCCGCGCGCUGCUCGUGGUCACCAAGCUCGACCUGCUCCCCACGCCGUCGUUGAACCCCGACGACGUGCACGCCUGGGCGCACGCCCGAGCCCGUGCCGGCGCCGGCGCCGACCUGCGCCUCGCUGGGGUGCACCUCGUCAGCGCCGCGCGCGGGUGGGGCGUGCACGACCUGCUCGGCCACGUUCGCCAGCUCGCUGGGCCGCGCGGCAACGUGUGGGCAGUAGGUGCGCGAAACGUCGGCAAGUCUACGCUGCUCAACGCCAUUGCCCGGUGCUCCGGGGUAGAGGGUCCACCCACCUUGACGGAGGCGCCGGUGCCGGGAACGACCCUCGAUGUGAUCCAGGUGGAUGGCGUUCUUGGAUCUCAGGCAAAAUUGUUCGACACACCGGGAUUGCUUCAUGGUCACCAGCUGACAUCGAGACUGACUCGCGAGGAGCAGAAGCUUGUUCGAGUGAGCAAGGAAAUGCGGCCGAGGACAUACAGAUUAAAGACGGGGCAGUCUGUACAUAUCGGUGGGCUGGUGCGCCUGGACAUUGAAGAUUUAACUGUAGGAUCAGUGUAUGUAACAGUAUGGGCAUCGCCACUUGUCCCUCUUCACAUGGGGAAGACUGAAAAUGCCGCCACAAUGAUAAAGGACCACUUUGGAUUGCAACUACAGCCUCCUAUUGGCCAGCAACGAGUAAAUGAACUCGGUAAAUGGGUGAGGAAACAUUUCAAAGUUUUUGGGAACAGUUGGGAUGUGAAUUCUGUGGAUAUAGCAAUUGCUGGGCUUGGUUGGUUUGGAAUUGGUCUGAAAGGAGAAGCGGUAUUAGGACUAUGGACAUACGAUGGUGUUGAUGUUGUGGCCAGGAACUCCCUUGUCCAUGAGAGGGCAACCAUUUUUGAGGAAGCCGGGUUCACAGUUUCAAAGAUUGUCUCCCAGGCAGAUAGCACUGCAAAUAGGCUAAAGAAUAGUAAGAAAAUAAACAAGAAGAAGGAUAACAAAGCCAAUCCAUCUCCCCCCGCAGAUCCAGAAUCCUUAAAACCUGCUGAGGUUGUAGAUGCUUAAGUGAUUAUCAUUCUAUUCUAGGACAGGAGUUUCUCUACGUUCUACAAUAUUGGCAUUUGGCCUUAUGUUGUCAGUUGAAGUUUGAAAUAGAAAAAGCCAUAGGUUGCACAAUGUAUACUUGUUAAGACUUACAACCUUCGCCUCAAAAUAAACGAAUU